AAAGAAAAAAGAAAAAGAAAAGAAAAAGGUGCUUCUUCCCUCCACAUCUAUAUCCGAACCAAAUACCCUCUCACUUACCCCCUUUCCCUCGUUUUCUUCUCCAUUUUUCUUUCCCUCUUUUUUUUUUUUUUUUUUUUUUUUAUUACAUCUCUGCAAAACCAGAUCUCCUCCAAACCCCCCACUUUCCAUUUUCAACCUCAAUUUUAAUUUUCCCCUUCAAUUCAAUUCCCCCCCUUUCAUGGCAAAACCCUAACCUUGAACGUAAACCUCGAAGAUCAAUUCUCGAUAACCUGAAUUGAUUUGGCGAUUCAAUUAUCUCUGCCUCGUGUUUUUUUUUUUCAGCUUGAAGUAAGAAAAACAAAAUAGAAGAUCAAAUCAUGCAGAAUCAGCCGUCGGAACAGCAGAAGACUUCGAGAAAACAGUUGCCUUUCACUUCCAUGAAGCCGCCUUUCGGAGGCGGAGGCGGUGGAGGUGGAGGUGGAGCCGGUGACUACCACCACUUCGCGGCUGCUGAUGCUGACCGCCCCGCUCGAGAAUUUGAUGAGGCCGUCGUUGUCCGUAGGCCUCAUGCAUCAAAGCGAAAAAGUGGGACAACAUAUCGUGAAGUAGAAUCUGCUGAGCGAAAUGCAGGUCCUAGCAGUGCUACUGUCACUAAAAAUCCCCUUCAGACACCACCAUCUGCAAGAUCAGGGAAAGCCCAAAAGGUUCCAAGGACAACUAAGGCCAGCAGAGCUCAAAUAUCCACGGCUAAUAUUGGUUCUCCAAGCGGCAAUAAUCUUACUCCUGUUGGUCCCUGUCGUUAUGAUAGCUCUUUAGGUCUCUUAACAAAGAAGUUCAUUAAUCUGAUUAAACGUGCAGAAGAUGGUAUUCUUGAUCUGAAUAAUGCUGCAGAUACCUUGGAGGUGCAGAAGAGGCGAAUAUAUGAUAUAACUAAUGUUCUUGAAGGCAUUGGUCUUAUAGAAAAGAAACUCAAGAACAGAAUCCAGUGGAAGGGUGUAGAUGUCUCAAAACCGGGGGAAGUCGAUGAGAGUCUUUCCAGUUUGCAGGAAGAAGUAGAAAAUCUGACAAUUGAGGAACACCGAUUAGACGAACGCAUAAGAGAAAUGCAGGACAAACUGAGGUGUCUGAGUGAAGACGAAAACAAUCAAAGGUGGCUUUUUGUUACAGAAGAAGACAUCAAAAGCCUACCUUGCUUCCUGAAUGAAACUCUGAUAGCAAUUAAAGCUCCUCAUGGUACUACUUUAGAAGUUCCAGACCCAGACGAGGCAGUUGAUUAUCCUCAGAGAAGAUACAGAAUAGUUCUUCGAAGCACCAUGGGACCCAUAGAUGUUUACCUUGUCAGUCAAUUUGAGGAGAAGUUUGAGGAGAUUCAUGCUGUUGAGGCACCAGAAAACAUCCCAGGACCAUCAAACGCUGACGAGAAUUCUUCUGCACAACCUCCACCACAGGAGAUUAUUAGAGGAAACGAAAUUGAUGUGCAGGGAAUCGAAAAUCAAAGAAUGUCUUCUGAGGCAAGUACAUCACAGGAUUUUGUAAACGGAAUCAUGAAGAUCGUGCCAGAUGUUGAUAUUGAUGCUGAUUAUAUGCUGUGGUCGGAUCCCGGUAUAAGCAUCACUGACUUGUGGAGCAUCGAAUCUGGGGUUGACUGGAAUAGCUUGGAUACAAUACCCGAAGACUAUGACGUGGCAGGUCUUAGUACACCACGAGCUGCCACCGAAACUCCAGCUCAAAGUACAACUCUACCCCAAACUCCACCACCACAAGGUACAACCACAACGCCUUCUGAAACUACCGGGAAGGGAAAGUUAAACUAGAUCAUACUCGUUUCUUAUCUCUUGUUGUAUAUUAGAAGCCACAAAAGGUUCCACCCCGUAUAAAAUUGUAGUACCUUCUAGAGGAUUCUAGAAGUAAAGCUUGCCGGAGAAAUGAAUGUACAGUUUCUGUCCUAGAAAUUUAGCUGUGUGAAUAGCAACGAAUAUGAAUAAUUGCUGUAAGAACUUCGUUUGCAUGUAUAUUCCACAGCCAGCCCUUUUUGUCCAUAGGCUCUUUUUGUAUGUAAUAGAAUAAGUGUAGGUUAAUUUGCACCAGUAAGGGAACGAAUGCUGCUCUUCGAUCUUUUCGGAUUCUGCUUUGUCAUAUGAUUGAUAUUAUACGAUAUCUCAGGUACGUCGUUGAUUCUUCA